AUUUUCACAACGAUCUCCAGUUUUUUAUUCUUAUUGAGGGCCCCCAAGUUUCCGAGUUUUGUUGUCUGCUAAAAAAAGUUGUAACCACACGCGAAACGCAAACACACCAAUUUACGACCGAGGAGGGUGCUGCGGUGGCGUGGCAUCAGUCUCGAGUCAGAACGGAGGGGCAGAUAGACG